AUGGAGCCAAAUUCCUUCAAAAAUCUACCAUCACAACUCACCACAAACAUCCUCUCACGUCUCCCUCUCCGAAGCAUCUCAAUCAGCAAAUGCGUCUGCAAACCAUGGCUCAAUCUCCUCCAAUCCGACGAUUUCGUCAAAUCCAAACUCAAAACCCCUCCCGCCCUAAUUCGAUUGAUGCCAGACACAAACUCAACUCAGUGCGCAAUUUUCGAAUUCAAAGACGAAGACGAAGCCGAUGCCGAGAGCCACGAUCUCCAACUCUUUCCCCUCGCCGAUUUCGACAUCCCUCACGGAAACUCAGCAGCGAUUUAUCGAGCUCGUCAAACUAAUGGUUUGCUUCUUCUAUACUCAUCGGUAGAGCGUCAUGUUUACAUAUGCAAUCCAAUCACUCGUGAAUACAUCGAGCUCUGCUGCCCCGCUGAUUACAUCUCGAUUUUGAAUUUCGGAUUCGGUGUGAGCAAAUUAAGCGGGAAAUAUAAGGUCAUCUGUAUUAUUGUGGCCGGACUGGGCUCCGGCUCGACUUUUGUAUACACCCUCGGAACAGGAAUAUGGAGGCGCGUUGAACCCGGCCCUGCUUCCGGUCGUACAUUCGAUUUCAAUGCUUACGUUGUGUGCAAUGGCAACCUCCAUUGGACGGUAUAUGAUUCCGCUAAAGUUCAGAUUUGUGCUUUUGAUCUCGAAACAGAAUGUUUUGGCGUCUUAUCUCCUCCCGCGGUAGUAUAUGGACUUGCUGUGGAUGUUAAAUUGAUUGUUUGGAGAGAUUGCCUCUGUUUGUAUUACCGAUUGGACGAUAAAGUUGUUAUCUGGCAGAUGAAGGAAUACCAAGUCAAGGAAUCUUGGACCAUAAAGUGCGAGAUUAGUAUUGAUUAUUCAAAUGGUUUUGGUGUUAAUCGGAAUAUGAAUGUUUAUCCGAUCAAAAUUUUCGAAAAUGUGGAUGACAUUGCAUCUGUCAUGGUUUACACCCCUAGCCUUUUCUCGCUCAAGAAUUUUGGAGGCGAGAACGUGAUUUCGUUCUAG